AAAGGUCAAGAGAGCAUAUAUUCCCUUCUCCAACAGAACCCCACUCAUGUUUCCAGAUAUGGUGUGAGAAGAAGAUUUAUAAAGAAUUUGAAGGAAAGAAAAGACUCCACAUGUAAGAAAGAAUCUCCAUAUCUGUGCCAACAAACUCAAUAAUCUUAACAUGGGUAAUGAUCACAAGGCAAGGGACACUAAGCCGAGAUUGAGAUGGAGUUGUGAGCUUCAUCACAGAUUCAUCGACGCCGUUAAUCAACUCGGCGGACCAAACAAGGCGACGCCUAAGGGUUUGAUGGGGAUUAUGGAGAUUCCUGAGCUUACUUUGUACCAUUUCAAGAGUCAUUUACAGAAAUAUCGGCUCGGGAUAAGCGACAGAUUCGUUGGUAAGAAGCAAGAUGUUUCUUCAGCUGCAAAAUCCCAAGAAUGUCAGAGUCAAAAAGAUUUUGGGGAUCAAAUAGACAUUAUUGUCACCGAAGAAAAAGAUGACCAACCUAGCAAAAACUUGCAAAUCAAGGAGGCGAUAGAAAUACAAUUGGAAGUCCAGAAGAAGCUUCACGAACAAUUCGAAGUGCAGAGGCAGUUACAAGUGAGGAUUGAGACACACAGGAAAUAUUUACAAUCAGUGUUUAUGAAAGCGCAAGAAACUCUCUCCGGUUACAAAUCUUUGAAUCUCGUUAUAGACGACCUUUAUGGAGAAGCAUCAAUGGAGAAUAGAAGCUGUGUCAGUUCUUGUUUUUCCGGACUGACGCAAGCAGAUGAGGAAGGAGGAGAGAUAGAGGAAGAAGAACGUUUCUUGAGGUCCAAGAAAUCAGAAAACAGAGGAAUUGAACCGAGUAGAAGUUCAGUUGACAGAUCAUUGACGUCAUCUGAGAGCUCAAAUAUCAAGAAUGAAUUCGAUUUUCAGAGCGUUACUAGGAGAUCGAACGAGCUUCAACUGAUGGAGAUCAAACCAGUGGAAGUGAUAGAGCGGAAGAAGAGAAGGUGGAACGAUGUCUUUUGUGGGGAACAACCUCUUCGAAAGAGAGCCUCUGGAAGUGAAGACGGUGAGGACUUGGGACUGAGUUUGAAUAGUUUCAAGGACGUGGAAACGUAUUCCAAGUCCAACUAAUAGGAAGAGGGUUUAUGAAACCUUUUCUUUUAAUAAGAAGAUGUUUAAAUGCAUAUCGUGGGUAGAUUAUCCGUUCAUGUAUACAAAUAUGUAGAGUUUAUGGGUGAGAAUGCGAAUAUAAGAUGUUUCCACCGUAAUGGUGAAUUGGUGAUGGUAACAUUGUUUGAUCUGGUGGCACAAGACCUGUUGUUGAAUCCCAGAAUUAGGGUUACAGAAGAAGAAUUUUGUAAAACCGUGUGCCUCUUUAUCCAUUUUUGGUUCCUUUUUCUUCUUGUUUUGGGGAAAGUUUCGAGUUUUUUUUGUUCUCUCUCUUUUCCCAUGAAAAGUUUGGGUUUUUGGUCUGUCCCGUUUUUCUAAUCUCUGUUUUGUUUCUUGAAUUCAUGUAUUAUAAAAGUUUCGAGUAAUGGUUAGAAUUUCAUGGGAUUUGUCCGGAAAGAAGAAAUAUUGCAGUAAGGAAAAAAAAAGUUCUUGAAAAUCCCCAACUUUAUAAUACAUGAAUUCAAGAAACGAAAUAGAUAAAAGACGAAGAAAAAAAAGAAGGAAAGACUAAAAACCCAAACUUUUCAUGGGAAAAGAAAAAAAA